ACUCAACACACAAACAUCACACUCAACACACAAACUCAACACACAAACAUUACACCCAACACACAAACUCAACACACAAACAUCACACCCAACACACAAACUCAACACAUAAACAUCACACCCAACACAAACUCAACACACAAACAUCACACCCAACACACAAACUCAACACAUAAACAUCACACCCAACACAAACUCAACACACAAACAUCACUCAACACACAAACUCAACACACAAACAUCACACCGAUCACACAAAGCGAACACACAAACAUCUCUUUGAACGCACACGCAUCUCAUGUGUUUCAUGUGUGUGUUCCAGCAGCAGCAGCUCAGUCUCAGUGUUGUGUUACUGAGAGUCACGUGUCGAGCGUCUCUUCAGAGGUGAUUUUAUUAUCGGUUGAUGUGGCGUACUCAGAGACGGCUCGAGCGCACCGGAGGGCUCGUGAGUGUCAGGACUGCAGGAGGUUUCAGAAAGAGGAUUUACUGAGGUUUCAGGUAAUAAAGCCCAGACAGGGUCUGACUCGAGUGAACGAUCUGUCGUCUGAAGACAUCAAGAAGAUCGGCUACAUCUCUCUGAUUGAGCUCACCACAUUCUAUGACAUGUUGGGCAUCGAGCUGAAGAGGAACCGCGUGUGGUGGAGUAAAGCUCGAGAGAGCGGAAUAUUCGGCGUUCCUCUCCCCACGCUGCUGGAGAACGACCAAAAGAAAUAUCCGGGCUCCAGAGUUCCUCUUGUUUUUAAGAAGUUGUUGUCUAAACUGGAGCAGACGGGUUUACAGACUGAAGGAAUUCUGAGGGUUCCCGGAUCAGCCGCCAGAGUAAAGCACUUGCGUCAGGAGUUGGAGUUGAAGUUUUAUGAAGAUCGAUUCGACUGGGAGGAGGUUCGUCAGAAUGAUGCUGCGGGUUUGUUGAAGAUGUUCAUUCGUGAGCUGCCGUAUCCUCUGCUGACACAACAACACCUGCCGGCGUUCACCGCUGCUCAGAACAUCACGUCACCUAAACAUCAGAUUCAGGCUCUUCAUCUUCUCAUUAUGCUUCUCCCUGAGGCGAACAGAGACACGCUGAAGGCUCUUCUGGAGUUUCUCAGUAAGGUGGUGGCGUUUGAAGAGAAGAACAGGAUGAGUUUGUGGAAUGUUUCUAUGAUCGUAGCACCGAAUCUCUUCAUCUUCCGUGGGAAGAACGCCCGACAGGAGGAGAUGCAGGGAGCCGUGGGUUCAGCGCAUCUCGUACGACUGCUCAUUAAACAUCAGGAUCUGCUGUGGACGGUGCCGUGUUUCUUGAUUUCUCACGUCAGAAAGCUGAACGAAGCCGCCACAGGCAAGAAAACGCCGACGUCAGAGAAAACCAAACGUAAACUACUGAGGAGGUGGAACGCCGAGAAAGACAAAGACAGAAAUGAGGUCACGGAUCUUCUCGACGGGGUCAUUAAAGUUCACGCGCCGCUUCAUGCCAAAGUUUCCAUGGCGAUACAGCUGAACAGCGAGAUGAAGGCGAGAGACAUCACGGCGCGGUUUGACGUGGAGAACUCACGAGGAUCACGCAGCGCCGCUCGACGACACAAACAGUUUCUCUUUGAGGUCGGAGGAAACAUCGGAGAGCGCUGUCUGGAUCCAGACACUUACUUACUGGAUGUUUACGGUGUUAAUCCUCACUGUGAAUGGGUUUUAAAAUCUCUGCCCACCUGAGACGACACGUCAGAACUCUGCUGCUGAGGUUCUCCAGACGUUGAAGCACACGCGCGUGUCUGGAGGUGAAACGGUGUUAUAGUUGAUCUGAAGCGAGCACUGAAGAUCGAUGCUGGUCAUUGAGUUCAUCUGGUGCCAAACCUGAAGCGUGUGUUUGUGUACAGAAGAGCAUGUGUACAUAAACAUAUUUAUAACGUUAAUUUAUCCACUGGUGUAUCAUGACAGUUUUCUAUUGUUUCUAUACGCUGCAUGUUUCUAAUAGAGCCAUGUGAACAUGUGAUGAGCGAAUCUAACGCGGGUGAAUCUCACCAUCAUAUUCCAAACAUUAGACGAGAAAAGCAUCAGUUUGCAUAAAGCAGAUGAGGUUUGUUUUAUGUUUAUUGCAUGUGACAUAAUGACUGUAAUGUAAAAAGGUUUCAAUUGUAAACACUCAGCAAUAUAUCCUAGCAGUCUUGAACUCAAAUACAGUGAUGAGAAUUAUAAAGAAACACUCCGAGAUGUUUUCAUGACAUGAUGAUUAUAUGCCAAUAUUAAUGCCAACAAAUACACACUGGACGCACAUCUGAAGCUCAGAUACACAUCUGAGUUUAAACGGAUGAUGAGGUCGCUCUGAUGAUUUAUUCACGAGCAUGAAUCAUGUAGCAGUUUCUUGUUGUUUUACAGAAACAUUGUUAUCAAUAUUGCCAAGUGAGUUUGUGUUGUGCUGAAUGUUUUUGGUUUGUGAUGAACCAGUGAAAUGAUCAGUGUCUUGUGAACAUGUGACGGUCAGCCCUCUUUGAGUAUUAUUAUUUCUUAAACAAAAAUCAUGUUGUGAAUCGAGCAGGUGCUGUGAUGUGUAAGCACUACCUUUGGUUUCAUGAAUGCUGUAAUAUUUGGAUGAAGCACAGAUUGUGAAACACUAAUCCAAUUAAAAUGAUAAACCCAUGACAUCAUCAUCAGGAGUGUAA